AUGCCCAUGCCCAAGCCGCUGCCUCUGGAAUUCUCUCUCCUCGUUUACGCAAUUCUCGAUUACUACCUUCGCCCAAGGGACCACAACCUCAACGUCAUUUACUUCGACAACAACGGCAACAACAGCAGCAACUUCGACGACAUCAGCAACAGCAACUAUUACAGUCAUUUACCUUUGACCUCCCUCAUCAGUUCCAUCGUCAGCAACAACAACAAGAGCAAGUACAAGUGCAAGAACAGCAACCGGAAGAGCAACAGCAUCACACAAAUCGCCGAGGAUCUUGGUCAACAGCGUAAACAGGCUCUAGCGUUGGGAUCGGACGAUCAGGACAAACCCAUUGACGAGCCUCCACCAGAUCCACGUCUGAUCAGUCAGAGACUCCUGCAGUGGCAGGAACAACAACAGCACAGGGAGCGGCAGGAAGAACAGAGGCAGAUGCAGGCCUUUCGGAUUAAAAAGUUCUCGGACUCUAAUACCGAUCUUGAUUAUCGGCCGGUGGCAACGACGAUAACGGUGUUGAAGGAGGGAUUUCAGGAACAUUGGGGCGGCCCUAUGGCGGAGCAUCAGCAGGAGGAGCUGGAGGACGGACAACAACACUCGAGACGCAGUAGUAUUCAGCACGACGAUCGUGACGUUGAUUUGGUAGGGUCAAACGAUGAGCACGGUGACAACAACCUCUGGGAAGAACGGCGGCGGCGGCAACGACAACUGGCGCAAGAGCAUGAAAUGAUGGAGACCGACAGUGUCAUGGAGACUGACAGGACUGGGGAUGGGGAUGGGGAUGAAGAGAUGAGCCCACGGACAAAACUGCAGCGUGCUCGUAAAGCCAAGGAGGACGCCAUGAAGGAGUAUCAAGAGGCAGGACGAAAUUUACAGCGUGCCCAAGAACGGGAAGAAGCGAUUUUGUUCGAGAACGAGAUGAUCGAGGUCGAGGUUGGGUCUAGUGUCAGUCAGCAGCUUCAUCGUUGUCAGGGAGGACAUACACAUGGAAAUGAACAGCAUCGCCGGCUUCUUUCUUCGCCGCCCGUUCAACCGCCACAGCGGCAACAGCAGCUAGAAGAGCGAGGGAGACACUCGUCGCCUAUAGCCGCCGCCGCAGCAGCAGCAACAGAAGCAGCGGUCACCUGCCUGACUCAGGACGACAACAACAUUGAGACCAUGAUGAGCUCACAGAUUGUCCCGCAGGUCAACGACACACCUUCUAUCAUGAGCGAGACACCACAUGCAGUCAUGGCACCGACACCAUUGCUACCGGUAUCGGCGCCUUCUGGAUCUGUCCCAAGACGAGCUCUGACACCUAUGAAGAAUAUAACUACAACAACUACAGGGAACCAGGUCCCGAAUCAGACGAGGAGCGGGAGUCAGGCCUGGCGUCGUAGCCUGAGCGUGACCAACAAUGAGAUUCAAUCGGCACCCACUUCUCCUCAGACUCGACAUCACUCCAACUCACCUCGUAUCAGGAUCAAGUCUGAGGAGUUGGACGCACCGCUCUUCAAGACGCAUGUCCUUAGUGGUGAUGGUGCCGCAGGACCAGAUGGUGAUAGCAAGACAUGGCGGGGACCCAAAUACAAGGAUUACGAUGUCUCGAUCGGACAACCCGCCUGGAGACUCCCAGAAUUCAUGGACGAGAACGGACACCCACACCCUCCAGUCGUCUUUUACACCCAUAUUGAUCGUGUCGACAACUUUUAUCAUCAGCAUUAUCCUGCUUCGACGGCUUCACGGUCACGGGAUGUUUCGUUGUCUCCCAGGUCUGCGAGGAAUUCACCGAAUUUCUUUGCGAGGCGCUCUGAAGGUGAGAGGAUGGAGGACGUUAGUGGAGGUGAGGGGCAUGAGGAUAUGGCGAUGGAGGGGGAGUCCCAUCACCACCAGCGACAGGGUCGGAGUCGGACGACUAGUCGUCAAGCGGAUCGUGAUGAGCGAAGAGAGGAAGAUAGACGCGAGCGUAGACCCCUCGCCAAGAGCGAAUCGCCUCAGCUCUAA